GAACACCAAUAAAAAAUAAAAAAAUUAAUAAUAAAAAAUAAAAUACACAUAAAAAUGUCAAUUAAAAAAAAGAAAAAAAGGCAGAUUAAUUUGAGAUAUAUUUAGGCGGUUUGGUGAUUGACUACUUGGGCUGGGUGGGGGUGAUGAAGUAGGAGAAGUUAAAGUGGAUACUCAGAUUCUGGCUGGAGCAAUGGGGUGAGUAUCAUUUGAGAAAGGGAAUCCUAAGAGAUCUGAUUGGAGACAAAGAGGUUAUGAGUGGCUCUAUUAGGCACAUGUUGAAUAGGAGGCACCAGUGAGACAGCCAAGUCAAGCUAGCAGUUGGAUCUUGGAAGAGAUGGAUGGGCUGGGGAAAUAAAUUUAUAAUCAGUGGCAAAAGGGUCUAGAUCAAAUUGUCUAGAGCAGUAAUUCUCAAACUUUACAGUGGAUCAGAAUCAGCUAGAAGGUUUAAUAUAGAUUCUGGGCCCACUCCCAGAGUUUCUUCUUCAGUUGGUCUCAUGGUAGAGACCAAGAGUUUGCAUUUCCAACAGUUUCCUAGGUAAUGUCUGUGCUGCUGAUCCAGGUAUCACAUGCAGACUGAGACAAAAAGAGACCCAGAACCUAAUCUUGAGGAACUUAUUUAAGUUGAAGUGGAAUAGGAACCUACAAAAAGACUAAGAAAAAAGCAGGAGGAGAAAACAAGAUUUAUUAUAUUUAUCUAAAGCUAUGAAUACUUUGGUAAGAACAUGGAAUGAUAGGAUAAAGGCCAAAUUGCAGGAAAUGCAGCAUAAAUAGAAGAAUGAAGAAAGGGAACAUAGAAUGAGAAUGACUAUCUGAGGAAGUUUUGGUAUAAAAUGAAGAAGACAGGGUACAAGAGGCUUGAAUAUAUUUAAAUGUUAAAAAAGAUGCUGGUAGAAAGGGGUUGUGAUGGUGGGCUGUAGAGAAGUCCUAGUAAAUAAUCCACAGCGCAGGAUCCAGAUGGAGAAGGAAAACGUAGGAUCCAGGUACAGGUAGUAGUACAUGGAGAGCCACCUUUUCAUUUAUCAGGUGGGAAAAGGAAAGGAGAGGUACAGAUAAGUUUGUAGAUGAUUUAGUGUCUCUCUGACAGCUUCUGUUUUCUCUGUGAAGUCAGCUAAUACAUCUGCUGAGAUAGGGUAGCAGUUUCAAGGAAAAUGGAAAGUGUAACUGGUCUUGGCAGAAAGUAGGGAAGUGAGUUGACGAGAGAAGCAUGACAAGAUUACUAAACUGUGUAGAGUGCUUAGAUAAGACUGGUGAGUCUGAAGAUACAGUGUGUGUAUUCCUCUCCUCUGCACUUAGUUUGGGUGCAGGCAGGGAGAAGGUAAAUAGCAGGAUGGUUGGCUACAGAGUAGAUGAAACCAUAGGACUGUAGAACAGGGGUGCUUAGGAAAGAGAGUCUUUGAAAGGCUGGACCUUGGAAUAUGUGCUGGAUGAGAUGUAAAAUGACACACUGAAAAUAAAUCAAGAAGGAAAAAGAGAUGGAGAAAAGAGAUCAUUGUUUAUUAGUUGGAAAUUUCUGUGUUAUAAGCAUUUGCCAUAGAUGAUUCCUACUAUGAGCUAAGAAUUCAUUCCUACCAGUACCACUACUACCACAUUCCUAGGUCAUUGGCAUUUUUAAAACAGUAAUUGCUAAUUUUCUGACCUUUUUUUAAAGCAAUACCUAGAUUUUAAAUUAAACCUACAUUUAAAGAAUUAAGUUUCUUUCAUGUGUCUAUAUCUAUAUACAUACAUAUGUAUAUUAAUACACACACACACACAGGACUUUUUUCUUGAAUUCUAAUCCUCAGAGUGAUAUGGCUUUUUUCCAGUCUGUUUUGAUCAUGGAUUUUGGAAUAUACAGGGAAGGAAUUGUAUAAAAGUAAUAUCGUUUGGUGUAACUCCAGGGAAAUAUUUUUGGAAAUAAUAAAGGAGAUACUUGAUAAAUUAGUUGCUGACCUCUUUGAGGAUGUCAAUAGAUGAAAAAUAAAUUUUAUUAUGUGUGCAUUUGCCAGUAAAAAAGGAGAAUAGAAACCAGAGAAGACAAUAGAAAAAGGGUGAGGGAAGGUAAAAUAGAAAACUAAAAUAUAAAGAAUAAAACAGGGCAGCCCCAGUGGCACAGAGGUUUGGCACCGCCUGCAGCCUGUGGUGUGAUCCUGGAGACCCGGGAUCGAGUCCCACAUCGGGCUUCCUGGGUGGAGCCUGCUUCUCCCUCUGCCUGUGUCUCUGCCUCUCUCUCGCUCUCUCUGAAUGAAUAAAUAAAUAAAUAAAUCUUAAAAAAAAAUAAAGAAUAAAACAUAUCACUAUGAAUGUUGUAUUUUAGGCCCAAUUACUGUUUUCUCUGUGAUGAAGGAAAGACUUGGAGCAAGGAGGUACCAUUAUUGGACAAAGCAGGGGGAACAAGGAACUGGAGGCUUCUAUAAAUUCAAAGUGCAGAUGGAAUGGGAAGAAAGAAAUGGGGCAAAAAAUCAACCAAACAAAAAACCCAAAAGGAGGGUUGACCUGGUACCCUGAAGAGGCUUCUGGAUCAGAGGAGUGGAAGAGAUAGAACGAUGGAGGAUUAUAGUCAAAAAGGAGAAUAAUUGUAGCUAGUUUCAGGUUUCAGUGGCUGAAGAUGAAGCUCCUGGAGGGCUGAAGAUCCAAGUAAACUGAGUGCAAGAAGCUAGAUAAGAUCAUCAAUAUAGGUGCAGUUUUAGCAUUGCCAAAUAUGAAGAUAGGGAAGAGGAAGAAAAUGAGCAUGAUUCCAUACUUAGCAACUUUGAAGGUGCAGGUGUAUAUUUCAAGAAAAGAUGAUGAUGAUUGGUGGUCAUGGAAUCUUUUUCCAAAAACAGCAGUAUGGAAUAAGGUCUCCAUAGACCUCUUUGCUCUUUCAAUACAAAGUUAAAGGAACACCAUUUGGGAGAUGGUGGUAAAAAGGUGAUGUCAAGGGGAAAUAGCAAAGGUAAAAAGAUAGAAGGAGCGCUUGAGAAAAAAAAGUAGAAAAAUAGGGGAAUAUAUUGGUAAUGAUUGGGGGCUAGAAGAUGAUGGGCAGCUAGCAAUGAAGUUAAUGAAGUUAAUGUGGAAAGAGAGAGAAGAUCUGAGCUGAUAGUACUGGGUGGCUUCUCAAGGAAAAGGUAGUAUGUACCAUAAAGCAGCCUUGAUGUAUACAUAAUAGGGAAAGGGAAACUAGAAGUUGCUAGAUAGACAAAAGCAGUGGCUUUAAACUUGUUUCAUUAUUCCAUGUGUAUAAAAUUGAGCAUACUUCAUAUAUAUGUUAGUUACCAAUUAUAUGCAUAUACUACUAUCAUUCUGCAUACUAAAAGCUUAUUUUUUUUAAUUAAAAAUUCUCACAUUUUUUUCCCCUAUAUUCCAUUAUGAAGACCACUGGGUUGGAGGGACAUGUUAGUGAUUUAGGACAUGGGUACAAAUCAUGUUCAGGUUUAUAAUUGCAGGGUUGUAUAAAAAGAACUGACUCAAAGGUUCCAAUUGGAAUGUUAGUGUUGAUGAUACUACUUCUAUAGUUUUAUAAUCUACAUGCUGACUCUUGUCACCUAAUCUGUAAUGCAAACCUUUUGUAUGUGAUUAUGGAAAUACAUAACAGUAAACACUUCUGGUUGUCAGCAUAGAAUUUCAAGUAAUGAUUUUUCUAGCAUAUUAAAGGGAGUCUUCUAAGUAUUAACCCUUUGGUCAGCCUCAUAAAACACAUUGUUCUGGGUGAGUAAACACUAUGGUCUUUAGCCAUAAAAAGUUAGGCCAAUAAAAAGAUUAGGCUGUAUUCCCCUUGAGCACUCAGGAGGAAUGGCAGGUUUAUUCUUUUUAUCAUGGACAUUUUAGUGGGGAAUUGUUUUCUCCUGAGAAUAUGUAUAGUGACCAGCAUAUACCUGAGUAAAUUUAAAAAUAACCUUUCUGUACCUAUUAUCUAUAUAAGUGGUGUAUAGAAUAAUACAAUUUUAAGAAGUGACAGAGGUUGUGUCUCGAUUUUCAUUAAAUUACUAGUACAGCUAUUUGAGAUAGGUUAUUUUUCUUUUAGUAUUGGCUUUUGGAUUCAUGAAUGAUUCAAAUAUUUUAGUAGAGCACAGAAUUUGACAAUUAUUCUGAGGCUAUCAGAUAGGUAUGUAAUACUUUCUUGAAAACUUAAAAAAAAAAGCGUAAGGUUGUGAGUGUGUGUGUGUGUAUGUGUGUGUAUUUCCUGUCAAAGUUGUAGAGGAAUUGGGGAGAAGUAGAUGGGUAAGGAACAAACAAAAUUCAUUUUCAGUCGGAACUUUCAUAUGCCAAGAUUCAACCUACAGCAAGUUUUAAUGGCUUUAUAAACCCCUGAAAAUGAGAAAUUACUGUGGAAUUUGCUGACAGAUCCAUAACUCUAACAGUGCAAGUGUGUUGCAUUAUUACAAUAUUAACCUCAAGGAUAGAAGACAACUUCAAGCCCUAGAAUAUUGAUCAAAGGAUUGAACACAAAGUAUACACUUUUAUUUUAAUAAUUCCUUGCCUGGAGAAGUAUUUGAAAAAGUGACACAAGAAGUAGAAUCACACGAUAGCAUUGGUAUUAACUGAAAACAAAACUUUUUAAUGUUUUGGAAUUUCAUAAGCCUUUGAUGUACAUCUUCACUAUAUUUCAAGCUUCUAAUGACACAGAGCAUUACCAUAGGCCCUAUGGGGAGAUUUUAUAUCAUAUAUAUAAGUAUAUAUGUAUGAUUUUAUUUAUAAUUUAUAGUAGCUAUGGUACCAUUCCUCAGAAACCUUGCUAAAAAUAGGUUAAUGCAUGAGAUACCACAAUCUAAGUGUGAUCCAAUAAGAUUAUCAUUAGAAUGUUUUCUGAGGCAUUCAAGUUUGGAGCUGAGGACUAAGGAGAUUAAAAAAAUACAUAGUUGAAGUUAAAGCUGUAGCAGUGACCUUUAUAGCUCAUCACUUGGUGCUUCCUCUAACCAUUGCCCUCCUGUGAUACCUCAUCUCCACCAUUUUUUUUUUCUUUUUUUGGCAGUGGAAAUCAGGUUUGAGAGAAGAAAUUUUGAUGUCAGCUAGACCUAAACACAUCAAAUUCCUGUAUACUGAACUGUGUUUGCAAUGGCUGCUACCGUGAACUUGGAACUUGAUCCCAUUUUUUUGAAAGCACUAGGCUUCUUACAUUCAAAGAGUAAGGAUUCUGCUGAAAAGCUCAAGGCACUGCUUGAUGAAUCGUUGGCUCGAGGCAUUGAUUCAAGUUAUCGUCCAUCUCAAAAGGAUGUGGAGCCACCCAAAAUUUCAAGCACAAAAGCUAUUUCUGUUAAGCAAGAGCCCAAAACGUCAUCCAGUCUUCCUUCUGGUAAUAAUAAUGGCAAGGCCCUCACAACUGAAAAAGUAAAGAAAGAAGCUGAAAAGAGACCAGCUGAAAAAAUGAAAUCAGAUAUCACAGAAGGAGUUGAUAUUCCAAAGAAACCUAGAUUGGAGAAACCAGAGACAAGGUCUUCUCCCAUUACCGUCCAAACUAGCAAGGAUUUAGCUAUGGCUGACCUUUCCAGUUUUGAGGAGACUAGUGCUGAUGAUUUUGCCAUGGAGAUGGGAUUGGCCUGUGUUGUUUGUAGGCAAAUGACAGUGGCAUCUGGUAAUCAAUUAGUGGAGUGUCAGGAGUGCCAUAAUCUCUACCACCAAGAUUGCCAUAAGCCCCAGGUGACAGACAAGGAAGUGAAUGACCCUCGUCUUGUGUGGUAUUGUGCCCGAUGUACCAGACAAAUGAAAAGAAUGGCUCAGAAAACUCAGAAACCACCACAGAAACCAGCACCCACAGUUGUUUCUGUAGCUCCAGCUGUCAAAGAUCCAUUGGUUAAGAAACCAGAAACUAAACUCAAACAAGAGACAACUUUUCUAGCAUUUAAGAGAACAGAGGUCAAGACGUCCACGGCUAUUUCAGGAAAUUCUUCUAGUACCAGUGUUUCCUCUUCAGUAACUAGUGGCCUAACUGGAUGGGCAGCUUUUGCAGCUAAAACUUCCUCUGCUGGUCCAUCAACAGCAAAAUUGAGUUCAGCAACCCAAAACAACAGUGGGAAACCUGCUACCUCAUCAACUAACCAGAAGCCUGUGGGUUUGACUGGUCUGGCAACAUCAUCUAAAGGUGGAAUAGGUUCCAAAAUAGGUGCUAGUAAUAGCACUGCACCAGCUGUACCAUUGAAACCACCUCCACCUCUAACUUUGGGCAAAACUGGCCUGAGUCGUUCUGUUAGUUGUGACAAUGUUAGCAAAGUAGGUCUUCCGAGUCCAAGUAGUUUAGUUCCGGGAAACACCAGCCAACUCAGUGGGAAUGGAAAUAGUGGGACAUCAGGACCUAGUGGAAGUACCACUAGCAAAACCACUUCAGAAUUAAGCAGCUCUCUCUCAGCAUGCCCUAAAGGUCCAACUUCACAAGAAUCACAGCUCAAUGCCAUGAAACGAUUACAGAUGGUCAAGAAGAAAGCUGCCCAGAAGAAACUCAAGAAGUAAUGUGGCCAAGUAGGUUUUUAUAUCACAUUACCCUAAGAUCUUAUUAUUAAGACAUAAACUGUAAUAUACUAUAACUUAAUAAAAAUCUUCACAAUGAGAAAAA